GGGACCGGGCUGGGUCCGCGGAGGCUGGGCCGGCGUAUGGCCCCGGGCGACUUGGGCGUUCGCGCCUCGCCUCGUGAGGCGAUCUCCGCGGGACACCGGGACCCCAUGCCCUUGCCCCUUCUCGCCCUCACGACCACGCUUCUCCUCGGCGCCGCUUUCCGGCCGACGCGUGCCCUCCUGUGAGCCCCGGGCUCGCGCGCGCAACCAGCCGCCAAGCCGGGCUCUCUCGCUUUCCGGUUCCCUGCCCGCGGCUCUCGGGUUCCCCGCCUGCAUUAUUGCGACCGUGCAGGACGCUAUUAUUGGCUAACAGCCGUCCUUUUGCCCAGUUGUCCUCGGGGAGCGGGCUGGGCUGGCGCUCAGAGAUGGGAGCCCGGCGGCAAAACCGAACGGAGCCCCACGGCGCCCGCCUAGCGCUCGCGAGUCUGGCCGGGCCCUGCGCCGCGGCCUCGGCGCGCCCCCGGCCCCAACGGGAGCGCGCGCCAUGACCCUGGAGGUAACCGGGCGCCCGCAAGCUGCGGGGACUUGGGGUCCCCAGGCUCGGGGUUCGUGCGAUUUUUGCCCCAAGAUCUGAAAGACCCCUGUUUCUGCCACCGGUGCAAUAUUGUGUAGCGCAGACGUAAGAUAAUUAAGAAAGAGAGGAAUGCUUGUAGACACUGCUUGAAAUGAAUCCCCAAAGUUAAGGUUUUCUGCCUGGCUGGCUUUGCCAAAAAGAGGAUUCUCUUUUCCGACUGGGUCACUCUCGGUUGCUUCUGGUUCGUAGUAGGCGUUCGUGGUUGCCUGCAAUGAGAUUGCAUUCUCUACAUUUAAAGGACAUCCUUUCUGAGCCGCUGUGAAUAAAUUCGGAAUGGUACUGUAUAUUUUCAUCUAAUGGAGAACUAGCUGUACUUUGAAUAAGGAUUGCUGCACUGGACGACUUGAGAACAUCCCUCACAAUGUCAUCAACCCGGAGCCAGAACCCCCAUGGCCUGAAGCAGAUUGGCCUGGACCAGAUCUGGGACGACCUCAGAGCCGGCAUCCAGCAGGUGUACACACGGCAGAGCAUGGCCAAGUCCAGAUACAUGGAGCUCUACACUCAUGUGUAUAACUACUGUACUAGUGUUCACCAGUCAAACCAAGCACGAGGAGCUGGAGUUCCUCCUUCUAAGUCAAAAAAGGGGCAGACGCCUGGAGGAGCUCAGUUUGUUGGCCUGGAAUUAUACAAACGACUUAAGGAAUUUUUGAAGAAUUACUUGACAAAUCUUCUUAAGGAUGGAGAAGAUUUGAUGGAUGAGAGUGUACUGAAAUUCUACACCCAACAAUGGGAAGAUUAUCGAUUUUCAAGCAAAGUGCUGAAUGGAAUUUGUGCCUACCUCAAUAGACAUUGGGUUCGCCGUGAAUGUGACGAAGGACGAAAAGGAAUAUAUGAAAUCUAUUCACUUGCAUUGGUGACUUGGAGAGACUGUCUCUUCAGGCCACUGAAUAAACAGGUAACAAAUGCUGUUUUAAAGCUGAUUGAAAAGGAAAGAAAUGGUGAAACCAUCAAUACAAGAUUGAUUAGUGGAGUUGUACAGUCUUACGUGGAAUUGGGGCUGAAUGAAGAUGAUGCAUUUGCAAAGGGCCCUACGUUAACAGUGUAUAAAGAAUCCUUUGAAUCUCAAUUUUUGGCUGACACAGAGAGAUUUUAUACCAGAGAGAGUACUGAAUUCUUGCAGCAGAACCCAGUUACUGAAUAUAUGAAAAAGGCAGAGGCUCGUCUGCUUGAGGAACAACGAAGAGUUCAGGUUUACCUUCACGAAAGCACACAAGAUGAGUUAGCAAGGAAAUGUGAGCAAGUCCUCAUUGAAAAACACUUGGAAAUUUUCCACACAGAAUUUCAGAAUUUAUUGGAUGCUGACAAAAAUGAAGAUUUGGGACGCAUGUAUAAUCUUGUAUCUAGAAUCCAGGAUGGCCUAGGAGAAUUGAAAAAACUGUUGGAGACACACAUUCAUAAUCAGGGUCUUGCAGCCAUUGAAAAAUGUGGAGAAGCUGCUUUAAAUGACCCCAAAAUGUAUGUACAGACAGUGCUUGAUGUUCAUAAAAAAUACAAUGCCCUGGUAAUGUCUGCAUUCAACAAUGACGCGGGUUUUGUGGCUGCUCUUGAUAAGGCUUGUGGUCGCUUCAUAAACAACAAUGCGGUUACCAAGAUGGCCCAGUCAUCCAGUAAAUCCCCUGAGUUGCUGGCUCGAUACUGUGACUCCUUGUUGAAGAAAAGUUCCAAGAACCCAGAGGAGGCAGAACUAGAAGACACACUCAAUCAAGUGAUGGUUGUCUUCAAGUACAUAGAGGACAAAGACGUGUUUCAGAAGUUCUAUGCGAAGAUGCUGGCCAAGAGGCUCGUCCAUCAGAACAGUGCAAGUGACGAUGCCGAAGCCAGCAUGAUCUCCAAGUUAAAGCAAGCUUGUGGUUUCGAGUAUACCUCUAAACUUCAGCGGAUGUUCCAAGACAUUGGCGUGAGCAAAGAUCUGAACGAGCAAUUCAAAAAGCACCUGACAAAUUCCGAACCCCUGGACUUGGAUUUCAGCAUUCAAGUCCUGAGCUCCGGGUCCUGGCCCUUCCAGCAGUCUUGUACAUUCGCCUUGCCAUCAGAGCUGGAACGCAGUUACCAGCGAUUCACAGCUUUCUACGCCAGCCGCCACAGUGGCCGAAAACUGACAUGGUUAUAUCAGUUGUCUAAAGGAGAACUGGUAACUAACUGCUUCAAAAACAGAUACACUUUGCAGGCAUCCACAUUCCAGAUGGCCAUCCUGCUUCAGUACAACACGGAGGAUGCCUACACCGUGCAGCAGCUGACGGACAGCACGCAGAUUAAAAUGGACAUUUUGGCGCAAGUCCUACAGAUUUUAUUAAAGUCGAAGUUAUUGGUCUUGGAAGAUGAAAAUGCAAAUGUUGAUGAGGUGGAAUUGAAGCCAGAUACCUUAAUAAAAUUAUACCUUGGUUAUAAAAAUAAGAAAUUAAGGGUUAACAUCAAUGUACCAAUGAAAACCGAACAGAAGCAGGAACAAGAAACCACACACAAAAAUAUCGAGGAAGACCGCAAACUUCUGAUUCAGGCGGCCAUCGUGAGAAUCAUGAAGAUGAGGAAGGUUCUCAAACACCAGCAGUUACUUGGCGAGGUCCUCACUCAGCUGUCCUCCAGGUUCAAACCUCGGGUCCCUGUGAUCAAGAAAUGCAUUGACAUUCUAAUUGAGAAGGAAUAUUUGGAGCGAGUUGAUGGUGAAAAGGACACCUACAGUUACUUGGCUUAACCCUUCUGGAGAGGUCUGGGUGACCCUCAGCAAAUAGUUCAUGUUGGAAAGAAUGGAAACAACUCAAGCUCAUAGCAGCCAGCCUGCCGCCAUGGACCUCCCUUUUUAAAACCGAGACCAAGACUCCAUCAGCUGGUCUCGGAUUUACAUCGGAACUGCUCAGGAUUGAUACAUUUCAAGUCUGUAAAUACGGACACCAAUGCCAUUUACCCUAAUUUAAGAAGAGCGGGGACUGACCCUCCUGCCGAGGGCUGCAUGCUACCGCGUCUCAGUCAGUACAGGGGCUCCCCGGGUCGCCGCUGUCACCUUGGCAGCACCUGUCACGUUGGCAGCACUUUGAGAGCAAGUCUGAACGGACCCACGUGUAAUCUGCUAUGGAAAACCAUUUGUAUAGUGUGUUUCAUUUUUUAAUGUGUGAAAAGAAAGAAAAUUAAAGGAUUUCUGUACAAGUCGCA